GGGUCCUUAGACAGACAGCAGAGGUCCUGCUGUGGCUGCCUGCCUCUCUGUCUGUCUGUCUGGGCUCCUGCUCGCUCCGGCUAUGAGGAACUAGUUAGGGUGAUUUAGGCUAUCCCCUCUUUCAAAAUGUACGUACCCCAGGGCCACUUCCAUGCGGGCCAGGCCCAGCCUCUGGAUAUGUUGUCUUCGGAGGGAUCGUCGACAUCUCAGGAGCUGAAGACCGAGCCAGGGACCAGGCCAGAUCAGGCGGAGGUCUGUCCAGUCUGUGGAGACAAAGUGUCUGGCUACCACUAUGGACUGCUCACCUGCGAGAGCUGCAAGGGUUUCUUCAAGCGUUCGGUGCAGAACAACAAGCGUUACACCUGUGCAGAGAGACAGAGCUGUCCCAUGAACCCCUCCCAGAGGAAACGCUGCCCCUACUGCCGUUUCCAGAAGUGCCUGGCCGUGGGCAUGAAGAGAGAGGCGGUAAGGGCAGACCGAAUGAGAGGUGGCCGGAACAAGUUUGGCCCUCUGUAUCGACGAGACAGGCAGAUGAAACAGCAGAGAGGGGUCUACCGCCACCAGCAGCACAACACCACCCCCUACAGGAUCAAACUGGAAAGUGCACAAACGCAUCAGCCUUCCGUUUCAAACAACAUUCACCUGAUGUCCAGUCACACAUCGGCACCCCUUCCCUCUGACAAUUUCCACCAAUCGCAGGCCUACCCCUCUAAUCUGGGCCUUUCAGAGCUCCACCCCAUGCUUCUGGACUGCACCUUGAACCGGGACAGGAAGGCUCUAGCUCCUCCCCCAUCCCUGGCUUACCCUGAAGUGUACCACCGUUCCUCCCAUGGAGGGGGAUCAGGAUACCACCAGGAGAAAAGUGAGAUGAUGCCUUACAGCUACGGCCCGGCACCUCCAACCCCGCCCAGACCUAAAGGGUUACUCACCACGCCCACAACCACCCCGAGCUCCACCCCAACCCCGACCUUAACCUCCAUGUUGACUGCUCCCAUACCUAGCUUCCUGGCCCAGCUUCUGGAGGGUGAGCCGGAUGAGCGCCAGCUGUGUGCCAAGGUGCUGGCCAGCCUGCAGAGAGAGCAAGCAAGCCGUGGGAAACACGACCGCCUCAACACCUUCAGUAUCAUGUGUAAAAUGGCCGACCAGACUCUGUUUGGGCUUGUGGAAUGGGCCAGGAACAGUGCUCUCUUCAAGGAGCUUAAGGUGGAGGACCAGAUGGUGCUGCUGCAGAGCUGUUGGAGUGAGCUGCUGGUGCUGGAUCACCUGUGUCGACAGGUAGCCUACAGCAGAGAAGGCUGCAUCUAUCUGGUCACAGGACAACAGAUUGAGGUGUCGAACAUCCUGACCCAGGCAGGGGUCACUCUGACCAGUCUGGUGUCAAGGACUCAGGACCUGGUGGUUAAACUCAAGGCCCUUCACCUGGACACACAGGAGUUUGUGUGCCUCAAAUACCUGGUCCUCUUCAACCCUGAUGUGAAGUCAGUGCAGGACCGCGGGCAGGUGGAGCAGACCCAGGAAAGGGUGAACCACACCCUGAUGGACCACACCCUCUACACCCACCCGGGUCACACCGACAAGUUUGGCCAACUGCUGCUACGGCUUCCUGAGGUUCGCAGCAUCAGCCUGCAGGUGGAGGAGUAUCUGUACCAGCGCCACCUACAGGACGAAAUCCAUUUUUCCAAAGCUGGACCCAAUGACCCUAACGCCAAUCCUAACCAUAACCAUUAAGGGGAUAAGACAACAUCUGAUCCAGGGCCUGUGGUUAGUAACAACAACAAUCUACUUUGUGCUUCCUCCCAAGUAAUACUUAUCUCCAAUUGAUCAUUUGUUUGAAACCCUGAGUUAACUAGUCAGUAUUCAGUCAGAUGGGAGUAGGAACCAAAACACUGCUAUAUGCUUUCUCCUCUUCUCCUGUACACACAUUAUGCAGAUGACAUAUGCAUAUCAUUUGACAAGAGAAUGUUGUGUAUCGGUUUUAUCUGUCAGACAAAUCAUGUCAUCCCUUUACCACUAGACCUGUUUGAAAUAAACAAGCAGAGGUGUCACUUCCCCCCUCAGAUUUGUCCUGUACAUUUUAUUUUUCGUUCCUUCACUGUAAUACUACGCGCCCUUUAGCAAGCCCAGAUAGGUUCCCAAUCUCAUAAAUGGUUUCUUGGUAGCUAGUUCAGCUUAUCAAUCAAGUCAGACAAGCUAGCAUGCCUGUUGGCAGGCUUCAGAAAAGUAAUUACUGAAUAAGAUUCAUUCCUUUAAUCUUGUACCCAGAUUUGAGCAUAUUUAGUUUCGUUAAAAGAACCACUCAAUCACUUUUUGUUGACAUGGGCCAUAGAGGGUCCGCGUUUCAGUUACACACAUACCAUUUAGCCAACAGUCUUAGCUAGCCCCAGUGCAAGGCUGACAGUAUGGACUUCAACUAAAAAUCUAAAUGAAGCGAGAGGAAAAAGACUAUGAAAAGGAAAGAAAUUCCCUCAAACUUUAAAAACGGGGAACCGACAGGCAACGUAACUAAACUUUUUAAAAAGGUGUUUAAGGCCCCCCAUUCGAUAGAUGCUUUAGAAAUCAUUUAAGCACAGGUGGGUCCAGAAACACUAAGAAUGAGCAUGACAUAAAUGAAAGGGGUAAUGGUGAUUUUUAAAAUGAUUUUAUUAGCCUGGUCCAGUUACCUGGGAUAGAUCUGCAAUCAUGAACAAUUUUGCGAGAGGAACACAAGCACUCUGCCCACAUCGACACGGUGGCAACAGAGCUAAAUAAAAAAAGACAACAUACAGUACAUGUCUUCUAUGAAAUGAACAUCAAUCACCACUUUAAAUGGGGGAAAAAAUAAAAUCAUAAUCAUAAAAAAAUCCUUAUAAUCAUUACCCAAUAAACACACCAUGGGGUUACAUGACUGACUUACUGUCUACAGGAGAAUUGCACAGAAUCCAGUUAUAGUUCAACUAUCGCAUACGUACUCUCCUUUACAAACAGAUAUACACAUUACACCAGUCACACACGUCCAUUCAUCUCACACUCCUUGCCAUACACACUGAACAUACAAACCCAUUGUCGAGCUUUUUAGAGAGACCCCCAAAAAAAUCUACCACAUCUCCAUUGGAAAUCUCAGUCAAAACGACAGGAACGUGUUGUUGGGAGGCAGUUUGUGAUGUGAAAACAAGACAGGAGAGAUGACAGCUGAUUAUCAGCUGAUGUAGGCCUGCCAGCCAUAGUGCUAAAUGAAGACAAGAGGAGAUCAGAAUCCACUAGGGCCUACAGGUUAUACCAGUAACACGGUUUGUGUUCCAAAUGGUACCCUAUGGGGUCAUGGGGUCGAGGCCUACCCAAAACUCCAAAUACUGUAGUACCACACCAUACCGUGCAGCGGGACCGAAUUAGGGCUGACACAGUCCUGAUUAUCUUUCAUUCACAGGUAACGUGUGUGUGUGUGAUCUCAAAUGACACAGCUUGUUCAUUUUUGUCCAUCUGGGUUUAUUUCUCAGAUUGUGUUGAGUUCGCUAAGUCUCUGUAGACAGUCUUUCUACUCAUUCGCUCGCUCUUUCACUCACUGGCGCGCUCUUCUCUCAGACACACGCACACCUCGCUAAUGGUAAAGCAGCAGGCUAGCUUAUUCAUAGUUCAACUAGUUUGUACAAAUCAUUGUCAAAACUGAAAGUAAUUAGCAAUAAACAGCAUUCAUAUA